UUGAGCAGAAAGCAUCAACGAUGGUGCCGCCAUCUGGACACCGCCUUAUCUCGAGACCGGCCUCCCCUUUCCCCGCCUUCUCCUCCUUGCCUUCAAAUUCAAAUCCACCGCCUCUCUUCCCCAAAGAACACCAUCAUCGUCUUCAACCUCCCAUCGCCAUUUCUCGCAGAGACCUUGCAUCGCUCUCCUUCCUCUCUCUCUUUCCUUCUCUCUUCCGACCAGCACCUGCGACCGCAUUCUCCAUCGGAAUUUCAGGACCGAAGGAUUGGCUGAAGGAGCAGAAGAAGAAGGCCUCCAAGUUUCUCUUGGCCCCAAUCGAUGCCUCGCGCCAGAGUCUUCACACCGCUUAUCUCUUACUCACGACUAAGGAUUCCGAUUAUUCAAACAAGGAUAUGGAGGAAAUUCAGAAUCUGUUGAGAUCUGCCGCCAGAGAUUGCGUUCCAGGAGAGAGGAAUUCGUUCGUCGCAUUUCAAGCCAAUACCGGAGUCGAGGUUUGCACAUUUCGGCUGAUUGUGAAGAAUGCGUCCUCAUUGCUUCAAAAUAAGGAUCCUGUCAAGUUGCAGGCUGAAGCUAUAUUAAAUUAUCUUAUAAGAUCUUUCACUUCGUUACAAGAUGUGGCAAAUCAAGCUGACAUUAAACUUCCAUCCGAAAG